AUGUCACCUUGCGCGAGGUUUAGGGGGGAGAUUACCAUUCACCCCAUUCGACCUGUCAUUCGGUUUUCGCACACCGUACUGUUCAGACGCACCAUGACCGCUCCCGUGCUAAGAACAGAUGCCACCCUCGUCGGAACCCGGCUCACCCCUACCCUCGCACGAGUGAAGGGGGACGAGCCUCUUCCCUCGGAGGAGCUGUGCGCCCGCUUUGAGAGCGACAAGAAGCUCGUAGAGUACAACGACAAGGACCUGAUCCAGCGCCUGAAGAGUCUAACCGCGGACGACCCCGAAGCGCUCCUCCAGCUGGCCGGCCUGGACCACAAGAGCCAGGACAUGUUGAUCCGUCUGGCUCACUUCGCCAUCCUCGCGGCCAACGACACGACAUCAGCACAGCCGAUCAACGACACGGAGGCAGCCAAGACAGCAGCCCAGGCAGCGGUAGCCCUCCUCAAGCAGAAGCCGGACGACUCACCCAGCGACGCGAAGAGGCGCGCACCGGCGGCGAGCGACACCGGGCCCCAGAACCCGCCUCCGAAGAAGAAAGCGAAACGGCCACAGCCGGACCCCGGCCCCUCCGACUCAGACAGCGAGGAAGAAUUUGAGGAUGAACAAGCGCAGAGCGCACUUGAGAGGCUGAAGAGGGUGUGCCGAGAACCGGCCAUCCACAUGGACCCACUGCGGCUGGGAGGGGCUCUGCGAAGGGUGAUUGACUCAACAACAAACGCCAAGACGAAGCGACACUAUGAAAGAGUGCAUGGCCUGUUCAUGAAGAACACCACCUCCCGCGGCAUCGGACUGGAGGUCCUCAAGUUCUGGAUGUCAAAACACGAGCGCCGCUUUGAGGAGGAGGCAGAGAAGGCCCAAGCAAACCUGAGAAGGAACGCCAGGGAGGAAAGCUACCACCUGGGCCCUUUCCCAGCCCCGGGCGGGCAGGGGCCGACCGCGGCACUAGGAAGAGCUCCCCAGGGCCCUUCAUUCGGCGGAUGGCAGCCCAACCCGCGGCGAAAGGAGUGGAACCCCCCCAGGCGAGGUGCACUAGGUCGUCGGGAUGGCGGCCCGCCUAGAAACGAAUGCUACAACUGCCACAAGAAAGGACACUGGGCACGUGAAUGCCCCUACCCGCCGCGAAAAUAGACUUUGCCAACACAGCUGGAAACAUAGUCAUAGUCACCGUAGGAGUUAGCGACCUGUAGAGUUUCCAGCAGACCUGAUAGAGUCUCAGGACACCAUAGAACGAGUAAUACAAAAGCUGCAUGCGUAGACAGAAACAUCAUAAGUGAAGACGUCGUUUUGUAGUUGCAACAGGCAAUAUAGCAAAGUAAGAAGUUGCCUAGCCAUGUAUACAAGUAAAAAUUUCGACGAGUAGCAUAGGUAGGUAGAGUUCGUUGGCAAGUAAAGAGCGAUGUUAAGUUGGAUAAGUAACAUAGGUUAGCAUGAGUAGCCGAUGCCGAAAGGUAAUUGCAUUUUUAAGCUUAGUUUAGAGGACUCGCCGCUUUAGCUCUCGAGAGCCAUGGACGGAUAAGAGAAGUCGAUUUUGUGCAAAACGUUCUUUUCAGAAUAAAGUACACCUCUCCAGCCAA